AGGGACCACUGGCUGCAGGAGGACCGCCUCGAGGGCUCGGGAGCCGGCCGGCGAGGAGGCUACGCCAGGUGGGGAGUCGUUCGCCGAGCCGCCGCCCCCCGCCCCGGGUCUGACCGGGGCUCUGCGCCAGGAGGCGGCGGCCAGACCGAGCUCCAGCCCAGCGAGCCGGAGGUCUCUCGACGGCCACCAGCCCAGCAAAGGCCCGGAGGAGAAGGACGUGGAGGAAGGACGGCCAGCCCCGCAAUGGCGCUCGACUUCCUGGCUGGAUGCGCAGGGGGUGUGGCCGGUGUGCUGGUGGGACACCCCUUUGACACGGUCAAGGUGCGGCUUCAGGUCCAGAGCCUGGAGAAGCCGCAGUACCAAGGGACCGUCCACUGCUUCCAGUCCAUCAUCAAGCAGGAGAGCGUGCUGGGCCUGUACAAGGGCAUGGGAUCGCCGCUCAUGGGGCUCACCUUCAUCAACGCGCUGGUGUUCGGCGUGCAGGGCAACACCUUGCGGGCGUUGGGCUCCGACUCGCCGUGGAACCAGUUCCUGGCGGGCGCGGCGGCGGGCGCCAUCCAGUGUGUCAUCUGCUGCCCGAUGGAGCUGGCCAAGACGCGCCUGCAGCUGCAGGACGCGAGCCCAGCGCGCACCUACCGCGGCUCCCUGGACUGCCUGGCCCAGAUCUACCGGUGCGAGGGCCUGCGCGGCGUCAACCGGGGCAUGGUGUCCACGCUGCUGCGCGAGACGCCCAGCUUCGGCGUCUACUUCCUCACCUACGACGUGGUGACGCGCGCCCUGGGCUGCGAGCCGGGCGACCGGCUGCUGGUGCCCAAGCUGCUGCUGGCGGGCGGCACGUCGGGCAUCAUGUCCUGGCUCUCCACCUACCCCAUGGACGUGGUCAAGUCGCGGCUGCAGGCCGACGGGCUGCGGGGUGCCCCACGCUACGAGGGCAUCCUCGACUGCAUGCGCCAGAGUUACCGCGCCGAGGGCUGGCGCGUCUUCACGCGCGGGCUGACCUCCACGCUGCUGCGUGCCUUCCCCGUCAACGCCGCCACCUUCGCCACCGUCACCAUCGUGCUCACCUACGCGCGAGGUGAGGAGGCCCAGCCCGAGGGCGAGGCCGUGCCUGCCGCCUCAGCGGGGCCUGCGCUGGCUCAGCCCUCCAGCCUGUGACGCCCACCCCGUCGCGUGGGGCGUGGCCUCCCCGCGGCUCUAUUUCAGAAACCUAACCUGGAAGUAAACUGCACCCCCUCCGCCCACCGCCCGGCCCGGACACCCUGGGCCUGGGCCCCUGAGCUGGGCUUCCGUAGUUGUGACCUUGGCGGGCUCAUUGUCAGCUGUGCAGCGCGGUCCUCACACCCGCGCUGUGUGGUCAGGAUGCGCGGGGCUGAGACCUCGGCGCCGCUCCGGAGGGGCGGGGUGGGAGACCGUCCAGCGCUCCUCCCCUAGGCUGCCGUCCGCCCACCCCCGCCGCAGGCUCUCCAUGGCCCACGGAGGCUGCACACACUCCCGCCGGCAGAGCUCCCGCGCACUCUGCGGCCACCCGUCCAGUCUCUGCGGUGGGGACGGAGUCCUCUGCCGCCGCACCCCAGCUUCUCCGCGUGGCAGUGCCGGGAAUACUCACCCCGUUACUGCCACUGCCGUGGAGGGCGACCUGGGGUCCCCCCAGGAAACCAUGGGGUUGGCUGGAGGCUCUGUGUCCUCCAGGGGGUAGGGGUUGGGGAGCAGGAAAGGCCAACGGGAGGAGAUCUCAAUAGUCCAAUACAGCUGCGGCCAAGGACAUCUCUGAGCCUCAGCUGCCCAUCUGUGAAAUGGGGACACAGCUGCUCUCUGGAGCUCUGGCCCACUGCCUCCAGCCCAGCCAAGCUUCCCAAAGGUGUGCAGAGUGGUCAGCAGAGACAGGACAGGCCCUCCCCAGCAGGUGGUGUCUUCCCGGUCAAGCCCCUCAGUGCCUGCUGGGCACAGGUGUGGCCAGUCGGGCCCCUCCAGACAGAGGGGGCCUCCUUUGCCCCGAGUGGGGCCCAGCAUCUUCAGCAAGGUGACAGGCCCUCCCCGGAUGCCACGGUGGCUGAGGAGAACUACACUCCCGCCCUGUACACGGGGUGUCGUCGUACAGACCCCACCGAGAGAAUAAAGUAUUCUUUGUUUUUUAA